CACGUCCGAGUUUCAGCCAGUUACGACUCACGAGUCAUGUUACAAACCUUCCUCGCACUUUCUCUUUUCGUACUGUUUCUGCAAAAUAAUUUUCAAAAGCAGGACAAUAAUAGAAACAAUUUAGGGUUUUUAAGAAGCAAACUAUUGGGACAGGAAAAAGAAAGGCGAAAGUACGAAAAAUUCUUUUCGGUUUUUUUUUUUUCCACAGCACUUUUGAAUAAUACAAAUUCCUAGGGUUUCAUGUUCUUCGUAGCUCUUAUGUCUUGUCAAUGGAGAUUAUUACCUCUUCGUUUUUCUCGCCUCACUUUUUUAUAGCUGCGAUUUUUACACUUUUGGCUCUACUCCUCUCUCUCCGCACCGUCCGAUCGACGAAAUCGCCGAAAAGCACGGACGGCACUGGUGUUGCGCCUUCGGCGAAGAAGAAGGCAUGUAACUGUUCGUGUUCCUGCAACGGUGUUGUCGAAAAUCAUCGGGAAUCUGCGGAGUCGGAGAUGUUGGAGAUUGACAGAAGUACGCCCGCGGUCGUGGUGGAGUGUGGGAGUGGCGCGUCGAUGAUGGAGCAGUUGGCACCGGAGAUUACGAUGCACGCGCUCAGUUAUUUGGAUUAUCUGAGUUUGUGUCGGCUUUCUAUGACCAAUUCGUUGAUGAGAAAAGUUGCUAAUGAUGAUAAUGCUUGGAAAGCUCUUUAUCAUAAGGAUUUUACAUUGGAACAAGAUAGUGUCACGCCGCUCCAUGGAUGGAAAGCGUAUUAUGCAGCUACCAGAGCUGUUGUGAAUGUGAAUGCAGCAUUUUUUAACAUCAUCAGAGAGAGGUCCCUUCCAGCGAUGAGUCAUUUCUGGCUUAAUGCUGAUUAUGUGAAGUGUAUUCAUGCCUCAGGGGAACUUUUUUCAGGGUUAUACAAGUUGUGUUAUAGUCAAUCAGAGGUUUGGGAAAGAAGAGUUUGUAGGAGGGGAAUUCUUCUUUCUGUUAUCUUUUCAGGUAUAACUCAGUAAUACAGAGUUGGCAGCUUGCAUUUAAUUGGGAACAAGGGGUCGAUUUUCAGGUUCAGGAUGUGAAAGCUCGAGUGCUGACAGACAUGGCUUGGGUUACCAUGAAAACCUACUUAGACAUUGAUGCGGGACCAUUUAACAUGACUAAUGUGUUUGAGUUUCAUAAUGGACGGUGGUACAUGGUGCACCAUCACAGUUCGGUGAUGCUCAUUGAUGGAGAGGUUGAUCAACAAGUUGUGCAUGCAUAAAGAGAAAAAUAGAGAUGAUACCAGUGAUAAGUUUUAUAAACUAGAUAAAGAAAUAGUAAUAUUUUUAGAAUGAGCAAGUUGCAUAAAAUUCUCUAUGAUUUCAUUGGAAGGUCCUUUUAGAUUUGUCAACCUCCAUUUUUGGUCAAUUUGUGGUAGAAGAUGCCUUUUUUGUUGCAUUAUCUUCUCUUUGCUUUAUAGUUUCAUUUUGUAAUUUUUCAUUUCAUUUUUUGCAUGGGUAAAUACAUGAUCAAUGAUUCCCAA